AUGCUAAGAUCUACAACCAUUAGAGCAACCAGAGGACUGUUAAGAAGGAAUGCUGGUCUUCUAACUAAAAUAAAUACUGCUAAAAUUGCAAAUAUCGGAACUCUAAAGUCAAUUUCUGCUAUUAGAUAUAUUUCAGAUGAGCCGACUAAAACAUUUACCAAAUUAUCUAACGCUUCAGAUAAACAAAGAGACCAAAUUUUUAAUUAUUCGUGGGGGUCUUGGUUAAAGAACGACAAACAGGAGAAAGAAAGAAGAUCUACCAAAUUCUCUAUUGAAGGGCUAAGUAAAAUUAUUAAUAAUCUGUACACCGAAUCAAAAGUGGGUUCAAAAUCUGAUUCUAAAGUGCUAGGAUCUAUUAAAACUCAUAACGAUUCUACUGUGACUUUAACAAACAAUGUUAAUAUCAAAAAUUUGGAUGUUUUAAAUGCAAAUGAAAAGCAAGUCCAAAUUAAAACCAUCUCCAGUUUCCAUGAAGGUAAACACCACAGAAUAUAUAAGAUCGAUACAAACCUACCCGGAAAAUCAUUGGUCUUACGUAUUCCAUACAACAUAGAACCAUCCAAGACUAUCUCUAAUAGAAUCAAGAGCGAAGUUGCUACUAUGGAUUUUGUCGCUACAAAAUGUGGUAUCAAAACUCCUACUGUUUAUAUGUACUCCGACAAUUCUUCUAACCCAGUUGGUGCACCUUUCAUUCUUGAGGAAUAUAUUGAUGGUGAACUUCUGAUGAAGCAAUGGGAUCCACUUUGUGAUGAUGGAACAGACAAUAAACCACCUGAACAAAUAAAGAAAGUCAUUGAUAUAGUUGCCGAUUUCCAUUUCAAAUUGAACUCAAUUAAAUUCAAUACUGUGGGUUCUUUAUACUUCAAAGAAGAUAUUGAACCAAAGAUUUUAAAUGAUAAAAAUACUGAGAUUAUUGAUGAUAAAUGGGUUAUCGGUCCAGUAAUGGAAAGAUCUUUCUGGAGGAAAAAGAACGGAUUAAAUGGCGAAAUUGAGACUUACUUAGGUCCAUGGAAUGAAAAUGACGGUUCAGUUUCAAGUAUCAUCAAGAAUCUAGGUUCAAUCGAACAUGAGAACGCUAAAGGUCGUGCAAGCCUGAUUGACGCCAAUUCUUCAUCAGAAAUUGCAAAGAAGGAUGUGAUCAAUGAACAAAUUUUAACAUUUGACAGAUUAACAAAAAUCGCUCCUUACUUAUUCAAUUUAAAUUUAAAAGAUAAUAAGACAGUUCCAAACUUGGAAGAUCUAUUAAAACCAAGUAUAUAUGAUCCUGAUUUGGAUCCAAUGAACAUUGUUAUUUCGAAGACUGAUGGUACCCCAUACUUGUUGGACUUUGAGGGAUCUGUUGUUAAGCCAUUCAUCUUACAAAGUUCUCCAAGAUUUGUAGAAUACGAUGGCCCAAAGAUUUACAACAUUAGGGAUGAAAUCCCAGAUUUCGACAAAUUGAGUGAAAACGAAAAAGUUCAAUGUCAGUUCAUUUACAAAAGAACCCGUAAUCAAUAUCUAUGGGAAAAUGCGUUAAAUGAAAGAAACCCAAACCUGAUCGUUUCAAUGGCGCCGCCUAUUAAAUUGUUAAGAAGUCCAUAUGCAGCAGCCAACGAAAGAAAAACUGACGAAGAUUAUUUAUUGAUUGACGAGAAUCUUCUACAAUUGAGACAAAUCUGGAGUGAAUUGUUUAAGAAUAAGCUUGUCUCUGAAGAGAAAUUCCCAUUAGAAUACACUGAAGAAGAAAUCAAGAAACAUGUUGAAGAUUUAGCUAAGUUACAAGAAAAAUUAAUAACCACUCCAUUUGCUGCCACCCAAGGUUGGAUUCCACAGGAUAUGUUUGAUAACUUAGUCAAGAGCGGCUUAUUAUUAAAGGAGCAGAAUGGCGAUUAUUCCUUCAAGCCAGCACCAGAACCUACUGAAUCAAAAAAGGAUGCCUCCACAGGAAAGCACUAA